AUGACCAACGUCGUCAACACUGUCCCCAGGGGCGGCACUGGUGGCGAUCUUGGGCUGGAUUCCAGGUACAUUGAAGGCCAAUUGCGACAAGGACGCGUAGUGCAGAUCGAGUGGCGUGGUGGUGGUGGCGACCACGAGUUCAACAUUGUACCGCAAGGCGACGGCACAGCACGCGUACUGCAUGCGAACGUCGGCGUUCACCGACCUCGCUACGAAGAUCCCCGAAGUAUCAACGACAUCAUGGUGGAUCUCAGAACAAGUACGACCACAACUGGUCGAGGUUGCAUUGAUGCAACCCAGCGACUCGUGAGGAUGGAGAUCAUAGGAAACAGCCCCAUGAAAGUCCGAGGUGUUGUCACUGGCACCCCUGACCGAACGCUUCUCAACCCCGCGGGCAACCCGAACUCGUAUUUUAACGCCGCGCGUGACAGAUUCCUCGCCGCCAUGGAACAGCAGGAGAGGGAAUAUCUCGCCAACGUGCGCGCGCUUAAGAUGCAGCUGGGUAAAGGGACCGCUGUUGGUGUAGUCAUAAGUCUGGGGCUUGCCAUUGUCAGCGAGUGCCGAGACAACACGAAGGGCCGAACUGCCGGGGACAUUGUUGAAAACAUUGGCGUCAAGACGGUCAUCGGGGGUGCUGGAGGAUUCACGGGCGUGGUGACCAGCCGGCUUGCCGAGGCACCUUUGGUUCGACUUCACUGUUUCGUGCCGGUGGUGCUGUCAGUGUCAUGCAUCGAGCAGCGCAAACGGAUGGCGUCGAAUCUCGCGGGUAGCGCCGGAGGAUUAAUCGGAGGCGCCGGUGUCCCAGCACUUUGUCUGGUCUUGGCCAGCAACCCGGUUGGCUGGGCUGUCGUGCUCGGUGGUAUUGCUGGGGGCGUAGUGGGUGGGGUCCUUGGUGGGAUCGGGGGAGCGAAGCUCGACGAGGUGUUGUGGGAUGAAAGCGAAGAUACCGUCCAGCAUGUGUACGAAUUCUUCAGCCUCGAGACAAAGCGCGGAGAGACACCGAAAGUGUAUGAAGAAGCAGUUGUCACGCGCCAUUUCAAGGCGAAGAUGGAGGAGCAUCCCGAUGAUUCCGAGUGA